AUGCUGUGCAAGAUCGGUCUGAGAGUGCAUCUGCAGGGUACUUCAGAGAAAAUGGUAAACACUUCUCCCAGUGAUGAGGAAAAAGGAAUUCAAGACAAGGAAAGCAGGGAGGAGAGCAUCCUGGCCAUGCUGGGCAUUAUUGGGACCAUCCUCAACUUGGUGGUUAUUAUUUUUGUGUACGUCUACACAACACUGUAA